AUGCAAACAACUUUCAGCAAAAUUGAAAAGAGGGUUGCUGUGGCCUUCGACGUUCUUAAUUCGGCCCAGCUUCUUGCUCUCAAUGAAUCUUCUCCCCCGAACCUGCUAGCUGAGAGAGCUGCUAGGGAAUCAUGGUUUUAUCUCAGAAUGGCGGAAGAGAGUUUCUUUAAGACCAAAUCCAGAAUCAGAUGGAUGAAGUCAGGGGAUCAUAAUACUUCAUUCUUCCAAAAAAUUGCCACUGCUAGAGCUGCUUCUAAUGCCAUAAAAUAUCUUCUUAAGCAGGAUAGAUCUCGAACCGCCACUUUGGAAGAAGUCCAUUCAAGAGCCUCCGAAUACUUUUUUGAUCUUUAUGGAACUGGCCUGACGGUUUCACCUCUGAAUUUCAAGGCCAGUUGGAAUGUUUUGGUUCUUGAUAUGAUUGCUUCCAUUCAUGAUUUCUUCGUAUCUGGGUUUAUGCCAUCGUGCCUCAGCUCGACCUCUCUUGUUCUGAUCAUGAAAAGACCCGGAGCAGAGGACUUGAAGGACUUUAGACCCAUCUCUUGUCUCAAUACAGUGUACAAGCUGAUCACCCGAAUUAUGUCUGAUCGCCUCAAACGUCUUCUCCCGCAUCUCAUAUUUCCUAAUUAUGCAGCUUUCAUCCGAGAUAGACUCCUGAUUGAGAAUGUUCUUCUUGCCUCAGAGGGAGAUCCGUUAUCUCCUAUUCUGUUUGUGAUGAUGAUGAAUGUUUUAUCUGUCAUGUUGGAUAAGGCAGCUGACAACGGGUUUUCUUUCCUUUCCCCGGAGAAGGAGCAAAUGCUACCCAUUACACAAGACUGUUACGUAGAAGUCUCUUAUGAAAAGGAUGAAUUCAAAGGCGGUUGGUACAGAGCAAUUCUUGAAGAAAGCCCAACGAAAUCAGAAAUGCUCCGAGUCCAUUACACGACUCUGCUCACAGAAGACGGUUCGACUCCUCUGACCGAAAUCGUUGAUCAAAGCUUAAUCCGACCUGUCCCGCCGGAGGAUAUGAGCCACGGCGGCGCUGUAUUUGAGGAAGGAUCGAUGGUCGACGCUUAUCACAAAGAUGGUUGGUGGAGUUGUCUGGUUUUGAAAAGGAAAGAGGUGGAUGAUACAUAUCUUGUUUACUUCGAUUCACCACCAGAUAUCAUUCAGUUUGAGAAGAAGCAAUUGAGGGCUCACCUUGACUGGACCGGUUCGAAAUGGGUCCGACCAGAAAAUACGGAAUGGAUCAAGUCUGAUUUUAGUUCCGGGUCCAUGGUGGAAUUGAGACUGUAUCUUGCUUGGCGUCCGGCGAUGAUCAUUAAGGAGGAUGAGAAUGAGAAGAGAUUCAUUGUCAAGUACUUGAGUGACAGCGGCAGGGAAUCAGAAAUCAGAGCCGUUGGUUCGAGGAAAGUCAGGCCUUGGCAGCCUCUUUCUUCUGUUGGAGAGUAUGAGUUGUUGGAUCAUGUAGAGGCGUUUAAUGGCUCGGAAUGGCGUCAAGGUGUGGUGAGGGGAGUUGUCUUUGAGGGAAGAUACAUGGUGAGUUUCGGUAAAGAAAAGGUGGCGUCUGCGCAGUUCAAUUGCUCAGAUCUUAGGCCUCUAAUGGAGUGGAAAGAUGGGAUAUGGCGGCUAAAGAGACCAAAGCCAAAGUCCAGAAAAGAAACUCCUUCAGGUGGUCAAAGAAACAAGCCUGUGGCUUUGGAAACUAGAGCUGUGCAGACAAAGGAACCGCUGUUUGCUCAAGGAUCGAGUAAUGAGAUGGCCGAUGAUGUGUUAAAUGCAAAGGAACCUGAUUCACCUGUAACCUCGCGCAUGGCUGCAACAGAGAACAAAACCCAAGAAAAGAGGAAUCAUAAUUGCUUGGGAAAUGAGUCUACUCGUGGAAAGAUUCCUGAGGAUCAUAACUUCAAAUGUUACACUCUUAAGAGGAAAAGAAGAGAAGAUGAACACAAUUCAGACCUCGAUGAUACUGGUAUGUCUUAACGCUCAGAUCCAUGAAACAAGUAUCUAGCUUAUACUGGUAUAUAUGCUAAAGAAAAUGUUUUCUAUUUUCUUGUUUUGGGUCCAGUGCUAUCCUCGGAUCAAACCCCCACUGUGGUGAAGAAUUCUGCUGCCAAUGUUGAGGAAAACCAAUCAAUGGUUUUGCCUUUUGCAAAGAAGUCACCGGUUUGGAAGACAUAUGAGACAAUGGAAGUCUUCAAAAGAGUACCACAAAGUCCUCAUUUCAGCCCAUUAUUGGAGACUAGUGAAGAUUUCCGUGAAGGGUCUGCGUUAGGCAUGAUGGCUACUUUUUCCGGGUUAUUUGAGAAACUGAAAGAUCUGGAAACAGACGUUCCCAAAAGCCAACUAGACAGCCUCAAAGUCUCCUUUACCAAGCUAGAGAAGCGUGGCUUUGAUGUUACAAGGCCUUUAUCACGGAUAGACAAGCUGUUGGCUCUUAAAGAUAGACAACUGAAUAUAUUGGAGGAACGAAAAGGUUUCAAUGAAGAGAUGAUGGUUGAAUCUAGCAAAAUGUGCAAGGCCGAGGAAGAGUUUAGUAAGACGGAACGCAAGAUAGUUGAGGUGAAACACAAGAUUCUCGAGCUGCAGAGGCAAGAAGCGGCUCUGAAAGAGCAUAAGCAGGAGGCAAAAGAAGAGAAAGAUGCAGCCUACAGAAACAUAUGUCAGAUGGAGUCGUGUACAAGAGUUCUUGGUGUAGAGCUUGAAGAUGUUGAGUUUGAUUUUGAGACAAUUUUGUCGGCUCCUUGGUGA